AAUUAGUACAACUAACGUAUCGUUUAAUCCUGUUCCGUGGUUAGUCUGCUUCACUUACUCUUGUCCCUUUGGAAAUACCUACCUACUUCAAUUGAAACUGCGGAAACAAUGGCAGACGAAGACUUCGAAAACUGGAAACUCUGCUUCAACAUCAACCUCUCCUUCCAAGUCCUCACCAAAGCCGGCACCUGGCAAUGUCUAGGCUGCGACACCACCCACACAUCGCCCAACCCAUCCUACCGCUCCAACUUUCCCAUCAUCGCCGCAGAAUGUCCUGCUGGGCACAACAACCGAUUGAACAUCGAAGCCGUCGGUGCCUGUCCCUCAUGUGACCAAGACCUCGUCUUGAACAUCUCCACCCGGAAGCAGGAAUGUUUCCAAGAAGGCUGCCGGAGAUUGUUGGUUGUGAAAGAAGAAGUGGUCAAGCCUCGAGUCGUGGCAUCUGUAUACGAGAAAUAUGUUGGACUCUUGGAAGAGCAUAGAACGUUCGAGUGUCCGGUCUGCAUGGUUGACUACCCGCUUUCGGAAGCACCCUCAAAACCACCAAGCAGCAAAUGCACCCAUGACCCAAAUGUAUGCUCAGACUGCGUAACCGCAAUGCUAGUAGCCCAGAUCUCCGGUGGACGAUGGGAGUACAUCAAAUGCCCAUCCAACGAUUGUGAAGAAGAGCUCGACGGGAAAGGCAUCCAAGCGAGCACGCCGGUGGACACAUUCCGCGUGUACAACGAGUUCGUAACAAACCGAGCGCUAUCGCAGGAUCCAAACUUCCGCUGGUGCUGUGGGCGGAUCAACGACGGCCAGGAGUCCUGCACCUGGGGCCAGCUAUGCUCCGGCCCAAGCACGGCAGGAUGGCGUUGUAUCAAAUGCAACCAGCUAAAUUGCUUUGCGUGUAAAGGGCCUGGGCAUCCGGACGAGACGUGCGAUGCCUAUAAGGCCCGGCAGGGUGAUGGUGCGGCGAAUGAGCGGCGGAUUUUGCAGAUUACGAAAAAGUGUCCAAAGAAAGGGUGCAGUAAUCAGAUUGAGAAGAAUGGAGGGUGCAUCAAUAUGAAAUGCCCCUGCGGAAUCAACUUCUGCUGGGAGUGUAAGGUCAUCUACGGGAGAGGAAAUACACCUUGCGCAUGUGGCAUGCAUUCCCUGCACGAAGGUUGUCGUCGACAUCUUAAGACCUGUUCGUAUAAACGUCCGAACGCGAUCAUAGAUAAACCAACAGCUUCGCAUCCGCUUUAUCAAGAAGGAUGGGACCAAGACCCUGAGUAUAUCGGGUAGUAUUUGACUGUGGGAAGCACGUAAUGCACACAAAAACAACGAGAUUAGUAACGCAUGCAAUGAAGCC